AUGUCUUCAGACGGUCGAAUCGUCCAAGAAGGGCUGCGCAGCACCUUUGGAGUAUGGUCUCUGUGUGCCAUGGCUGUGGUGCUACCCGGUGCGUGGAGUUUCGCUGCCAGCUCCAUGGUGAUUGGUAUCUAUGGCGGAGGUCCUGCUGUCGAAAUUUGGGGUACUCUGGCUGUUGGAGCUGCACUCUCGAUAUUCUGCCUCAAUCUUGCUGAAUACGCAUCUGCAUUCCCAAAUGCGGCAGGAGUAACGUAUGCUGCAGCACGACUCGGUGGUCCAAAGUAUGGUCGUGUUUGUUCCUAUUACACCGGAUCGUUUCUCUCGAUGACCAUUGCAUUUAUCCCACCGACUUUGAUCCUGGUACUCGCAGAGCUUAUAUUCACUUGUGCCUGUCUAUUUCAUCAAGAGUUUGUUCCGAAAAGAUGGCAGAUCUGGCUGCUGUUUCAGCUGUUCAAUAUCGUCUACCUUUUCGUUCUCAAGUAUUGGAGUACCAUCAUUGGUGAAUUGAAUAGAAUUGGCAUCUUCGUAUUGGCCACUGGCUUGAUUGUCACGAUCGGAGUUAUGGUAGGGAUGUCGAACGGAGAUAGGCCCUCCAAUGCUUUUAUUUGGACGAGUUUUGAGAAUGGCAGUGGAUAUAGCUCCCCAGCCAUGGGUGCCUUGCUUGGUCUUCUAGGCCCUCUCUAUGCCUACGGACCACCUCACUGGAUGCUGAAUUUGGCAGAUGAUGUCAAGAACCCAUCAAGAAGCAUUCCCAUUGCCCUGCUAGCUCAGCAGAUUGGAAACAUUAUCACACUUUUUGGUUUCUACGUCGCCGUUUACUACUGUAUUAACGACUACAACGGGCUUCUGACCACCUCAUUUCCAUCUCUGAUCGGAGAACUGUAUCUCCAGGGAACAAAAUCGCCAGUCGCUUCGAUCUUCUUAAUGCUGCUUGUGAUUGCACCAUCAUUGUUCGGUACUUAUGGCUACAUUUCUGCCAACAUUCGCAUGCUCUGGGGUUUCGCCAGGAAUGGAUCCCUGCCAUACAAAAGUUUCUGGAUGAAGGUUGACAAGAAGCACAACAUUCCCAUCAACAACCUGUACGUUUCAAUUGGCGUCAACACUAUUAUGAGCUUCAUCUAUCUCGGAUCACCCUUCGGCUUUGAUAUCAUCAUUGAUUCUGCCAACUUCUUCUACAGCAUGGGUUUCCUCCCUCUAUUGGCGGCUUCCAUCCUCACCAAACGGAAGUAUUUGCAUGCUGCACCCAAGUCCUACUUCCGCAUGUCAUAUACAGUAGGGACAUGCUGCGAAAUAUUCAGCUUUCUGUUCAAUUUGGGCAGUUGUGUUGUUGAAGCAUUCCCAAGUGCCUAUCCGGUGACCGCCGAAAACAUGAACUAUGCUGUUGUUUUUGGGGGUGCCGGUGUUCUGCUUACUACGCUGGGAUGGGUCUUCCAUGGCAGAAAGCACUAUCUAUUGCAAGAUUUGGACGGCGUAGUUGAGGACUAUGAGCAGACAGCUGAAGUGAAGGUGUCGCCCAAGGAGGACGACUGA